UUAUAUAAAAAUAAGUCCGGUUUUCCUCCCUGACGCUAUAACUCCAGAACGCACGAACCGAUUUCCACGGUUUUGCAUUCGUUGGAAAGGUCUUGGGCUCCGUGAGGUUUAUAGCAAAGAAAAUUCUGGAAAAUUCAGGAAAAAUUCAACAGAAAAGUGGGGAAAUCGUUUUUCACAUACAGCGCCAUCUAUUAUACAUAGCAUGUACUUCAAACCAAUAGCAACGGUGCGUGAUAAAGUGUGUGACAGAUAUCAUUAUUCUCUGUUCAGUUAAUUUCAUUUAUUGUAAAUUAUAUGGAUCGUGCAUUUGAAGUUAAAUUCAACACUAUGUCCAUAGUCCAAAAUGCCUAGAGAACGACGUGCGAACAUCGGCCGCCGCACAAGACAUGCAAGCCAGCAACAAGUCUAUUCAAGGAACUUAAGAGAAGAAAGACAAAAUAUAAUAAGAGAAAAUGACCGAUUGAGACAUCGCGUGAGCACACGAAGAUCAUUGGCAUCAUACAAUCGCUUGGCAUUCCAAUAUGAUCCCACUGCGAACUACAGUGAUGAUGAAAAUUUGGAUAUUGGACGAAUGACGACUAUAUGCCGAUAUUGCAAUGCGGUAAAGUUCAAAAGAGAAACGGUUGGAUUGUGCUGCGCAAGUGGAAAAGUCAAACUGGAUCCAUUACUUACACCACCACAGCCACUGAAAACAUUGUUUGAUGGAAGUGAUCCCGAUUCCAGCCAUUUUCUUCAACACAUCCUUGAAUACAAUAACUGCUUUCGCAUGACUUCCUUUGGAGCUAAUAUCAUUCGAGAAGGCGGCUUCAUGCCGACUUGCAAGAUACAAGGUCAAAUAUAUCAUUUGCAUGGUUCAAUGGUGCCAACACCAGAUGAACCGCAUCAAUUUCUGCAAAUAUAUUUCAUUUCGUCGAUGGUGGAUCAGCUGAACGUGCGGUGCAAUAUACAGGGAGCACAACAGUUAAAGAGACGAAUUAUUGAACAGUUGCAAGCAUUUUUUCACGCUAAUAAUGCUGUGGUUAAUAUGUUCAAAACAGCAUUGGAACGAAUGCCAUCGGAUACGCACAAAUUUGUCAUAAGAGCGGAUUGUACUCCGACAGGUGAACAUGUGCGAAGAUUCAAUGCACCCACCGUUAAUGAUGUUGCUGCAAUUAUUGUUGGCGAUCCAACUAAAUCACGAGACAUUGUCGUUCAGCGAAGAAGCAAUAUCAUGCAUCGUGUAAACGAGACACAUCGUUUGUACGAUGCGUUACAAUAUCCAAUCAUUUAUUGGCAAGGGCAAGACGGAUACGACAUCACGUUGAAGAUGGUCGAUCCAAUUACAGGAGUAUCAACGAAUAAUAAAAAUCUAAGCGCAAUGAAUUACUAUGCGUAUCGUAUGAUGAUUCGUACACAUGAGGAGAAUGUCAUUCUGAAGUGCGGUCGGCUAUUCCAGCAAUUCGCUGUUGACAUGUAUGUCAAAGUCGAGACCGAACGUUUAGCGUUCAUCAGAUUCAAUCAGCCAAAGCUACGAUCUGAGGACUAUAUACACUUGCGUGAUGCUAUUCAUUCAGAUGGUGAUGUUCAGAAUAUUGGACGACUGACGAUUCUCCCAUCAACUUAUAUCGGAAGCCCACGCCACAUGCACGAAUACGCUCAAGACGCUAUGACGUACGUGCGAAAUUAUGGAACUCCGGAUUUAUUUAUUACGGUCACAUGCAAUCCGAAGUGGACGGAAAUUGAACGCGAGUUGGAACCGGGUCAAAAACCGCAAGAUCGCCAUGACAUAAUCGCCAGAGUAUUUCAGCAAAAACUCAAGGUUAUGAUGGAUGUGCUUACUAAGUAUCGAGUUUUUGGUGACACACGUUGUUAUAUGUACUCGGUGGAAUGGCAGAAGCGUGGACUACCGCAUGCUCAUAUCCUAAUUUGGUUGCUGAACAAAUUACAUUCAAAUGAAGUGGAUGACAUCAUAUCAGCUGAAAUUCCUGAUCCAGUCACUGAUCCCCGUCUACACGACAUUGUGACGACACAGAUGGUGCAUGGACCGUGCGGUGCAUUAAAUCCAUUAUCGCCUUGCAUGGCUGAUGGAAAGUGCACAAAACGAUAUCCGCGACCGUUAGUUGCUGAAACAGUCACAGGGAUCGAUGGAUAUCCAGUUUAUCGUCGGCGUUCAAAAGAAGAUAACGGUCGAACUAUCAAAGUUAAAGUUCAAAAUCAAGAGAUUGAGAUCGGAAAUGAAUUCAUUGUACCAUAUUGCCCGCUGCUAUCACGAAUUUUCGAAACACAUGCAAACGUUGGGAGUUGUCAUUCGGCCAAAUCAAUCAAAUAUUUGUGCAAGUACGUCACAAAAGGCAGCGACAUGGCUGUGUUUGGUAUUGCGUCGGAAAAUGUGAAUGACGAAAUCAGCAACUUCCAAAUGGGCAGAUACGUCAGUACUAAUGAAGCACUGUGGCGAUUUUUGUCAUUUCAAAUUCAUGAAAGAUAUCCCACAGUUGUACAUUUAGCAGUGCAUUUGGAAAAUGGCCAAAGAGUUUACUUCACUGAGGCUAAUGCGGCACAACGAGCUGAGAGACCACCAUCGACAACAUUGACUAGCUUCUUUGCAAUGUGUGAAGCAGAUCCAUUCGCAGCGACGCUGAUGUACGUUGAAAUGCCCAAGUAUUACACUUGGAAUCAAUCAACAAAGAAAUUCCAACGUCGCAAACAAGGAACCCCAGUUCCAGACUGGCCACAGGUGUUUUCAACUGAUGCACUAGGUCGUAUGUACACUGUUCAUCCUAGAAACGAUGAAUGUUUUUAUUUGCGACUGCUGUUAGUAAAUGUACGUGGACCGAAAUCAUUUGCGCAUUUGAAAACUGUGAAUGGCCACCAAUGCCAAACAUAUCGAGAAGCAUGUCAACUAUUGGGUUUGCUGGAGAACGAUUCUCAUUGGGAUUUAACACUUGCAGAUUCAGUUGUUUCAUCAAAUGCGUACCAAAUACGAACGCUGUUCGCAAUUAUCAUCACCACAUGUUUUCCUUCACAACCAAUUCAGUUAUGGAACAAAUACAAAGACGCCAUAUGUGAAGAUAUCUUGCAUCGCUUGCGUAUUCAAACGAAUAAUCCUGACAUCCAAAUAACCGAUGAAAUCUACAAUGAAGGAUUGAUUCUGAUUGAGGAUCAAUGCUUGACUAUUGCAAACAAGCUACUGAUUGAAGUAGGAAUGAUUGCGCCAAAUCGAUCGAUGCACGAUGCAUUCAACCAAGAAUUAAAUCGAGAGCUGCAAUACAAUGUUGAUACAUUGCAGGAAUUCGUUAGAAAUAAUGUUCCGUUGCUGAAUGAACAGCAAAAACAAGUAUACAAAACAUUAAUGCAAGCGGUGGACAAUAAUACUGGUGGUCUAUUCUUCCUGGAUGCACCUGGAGGAACAGGGAAAACAUUUGUCAUUUCAUUGAUUUUGGCCACUAUUCGAUCAAGAUGUGACAUAGCUUUGGCGUUAGCAUCAUCUGGAAUUGCGGCGACUCUUCUAGAUGGCGGUCGUACUGCACAUUCUGCGCUUAAGUUGCCACUCAAUUUAAACACAAUUGAUACUCCAACGUGCAAUAUUUCCCGAUCCAGUGCAAUUGGAAAAUUGUUAAUGCAAUGCAAGCUCAUUGUUUGGGAUGAGUGCACAAUGGCACAUAAGAAAUCACUUGAAGCACUUAACUUCAUACUGAAGGAUCUUCGGAGAAAUAACAACAUCUUUGGCGGCUUGAUGAUAUUGUUGGCAGGCGAUUUCAGGCAGACGUUGCCAGUAGUUCCCCGUGGAACGCCUACAGAUGAAUUGAAUGCUUGCCUAAAGGCAUCACCUUUAUGGAAUAACGUAAAAACAUUAUCGCUAACCACUAAUAUGAGAGUUCAACUUCAAAAUGAUCAAAGUGCUGCACAAUUUUCCAAACAAUUGUUAGAUCUUGGAAAUGGAAAAGUCCCAGUUGAUGCGACAUCUGGAUUAAUUACUCUUACCAACGACUUUUGCCGAUUUGUAGACACUCAAUUAGUUCUUAUUGAAAAUGUUUUCCCAAACAUUAGUGAGAAUUAUAAGAAUUAUGCUUGGUUAAGUCAACGAGCAAUUCUUGCAGCAAAGAAUAAUGAUGUCCACGCACUGAAUUUCACCAUUCAAUCAAAAAUUGCUGGCGAUUUGGUGACAUACAAAUCCGUUGAUUCAAUAACAAAUCCCGAUGAUGUAGUAAAUUAUCCAACGGAGUUUUUGAACUCUCUGGAGAUACCAGGAUUUCCACCACAUAACUUGCAACUGAAAGUUGGUACAGUUAUUUUGAUACUGCGUAAUUUGAAUCCACCGCGACUUUGCAACGGUACUCGACUUUCGGUAAAGAGACUUAUGCCGAAUUUAAUUGAGGCAACCAUUAUUAACGGAAAGUACGCAGGUGAAAAUGUAUGUAUUCCUCGAAUACCAAUGAUUCCGACUGAUCUUCCGUUUGACUUCAAACGAUUGCAAUUCCCAGUUCGCCUUGCGUUCGCAAUGACAAUUAAUAAGUCGCAAGGCCAAUCGCUUAGUGUUUGCGGGAUAAAUUUGGAAAAUCAUUGUUUUUCACAUGGACAGUUAUACGUUGCGUGUUCACGAAUUGGGAAACCAUCCGCUUUGUUUGUGUUAACGUCAGACCAAAAAACAAAAAAUGUGGUUUACCAAAGAGCACUACAAUGAAACAAUUAAAUAACACUUCAUUUUAGUAGGUAAUUGAAAUGAAUUUAUUACUGUUGUGAAAUGAAAUAAAUAUUUUCCUUUUCAAAUAUAUAACAAAAAAAAUUUUUUUUCUUUAUCUUUUAAUCACCAAACGAAAUGUUACAUAAAACGAAUCUGGUGGCGAAACGGAGUUCGCCGG